AUGAGUGACGCGCUUCGAAAUCUUCAAGAAUUCCGAAGAGAAAAGGAGGAAGCGAAACUCAAAGAGCGCCAGGAAACCGAGAAGAGCAAGCCGAUAUCAGAAGAGAAGAAAUUGGAAGCGGAGCCACCGAAGGGCCGAGAAUGGGACUUUUUGACGAAGUCAGAGCCUGUUGCAGAAAAUUACGGUAAGCAUCGCCACGUCACAACCUAUAUGGCCCCUUCCAUUUUCAGUAGAGACGUCCGUCGUCUCCACUCCGAUUCUCAUCGUCGUAUACCUGACCGGCCAAGCUCUGGCAGCCUGGUGAGUAGUAUUCGGUCCGUCUGCAAUUAUCCCGUGUCCGUCUUCCGGUGUCCGUUGAAAAAUUGGCGGACGGACGAGGACCGAGAUAUCGACAUGACAUGUGUUUGCCGAGCGAACCACUCGAGAAAGAGCGAGUGCUCGCGGAGGAUUGUCUUCCGGAGUGCUAAUUUUGGUCUGUGUUCCAUGAAUGGGUGGAAUGCUUUCUCUCCCGCCAUCUUCUUAAAGAAAUGGACCCAUUCAAAUUUAAUUUCGUGUUGCAGGGUGCAGUUCGGCGCCGUCUUCUUCAUUUUCUCGCUCAUCGUCUUCACCUACUGUAACACGGGCAGACGGCGUCGCGGCGAAAUGAGCGCCUAUUCGGUAUUCAACGAAAACUGCGAACGAUUGGCCGGAAGCAUGACCGCGGAGCACUUUGAGCGCGACAUGCUCCGACAAAGACGAUGA